UGGGACGACAUCGGCGACAAGCUUUCGUUCCAGCUCCGAGUCCUGCAGGGACUGACUGAUCGCUCCUUUGCGACGGACACUCGCAUACAGAACGAAAUCACCUUGGUGAGUAUCGAUGUCCAUCUCGCUUCAGAACUGCAUCACUAACGGCAUCAGGCAUUCCAUGUGGCGACGCAGAGUGACACCAAGAUACAUGUGCAGAUCGGCAGCGAUGCCGCCAAGGAAGCUGCGGCGAUGAGGGCCAUUGCGGUAGUGACGAUGACAUUUCUGCCGGCAACUUUCGUUUCUACACUGUUUGGAAUGGGGUUCUUCACAACCCAACCCUCGGGCGACGGGACGAACGGGACACUCAUCCUCUCGUCAGACUUUUGGAUCUUCUGGGCGGUGUCUGUGCCUCUGACUGUGAUCACGCUUAUAUCGUGGUGGUGGUGGCAUCGGCGUCGUCUGCGUGUCGAGGGCGAUCAGACGAACGAAAGAGUGUUACUGCGGGAAGUGUAG